AUGAGUGUAGACUACCUGCUACACGAGAGCCCUGUCGGCUAUGCCGUCUUCAAGGUCGUCCUCCAACCCGACACCAUUGGCAGCCGUCUCGCGGAAGUGCAGAAGGCUGUGCAAGAUCUCGACAAAUUUGGAAAGACCGUCGAGCUCGUCGGCCUUGCGCCGUUCCAGGGCACCCAAGAUGCCCUCUCCGAGAUCAACGAUGUCUCGGAAGGUAUCAUGUCUGAUUUCCUAAGGGCCACGCUCGAGACCAACCUCCCCAAAGCUGGAAAGAAGAAGACCAUCACGCUUGGUGUAAGCGAGAGCAACUUGGCGGGUAGCAUCAAGGCUGCUUUCCCCAAUCUCGCGUGCGAGACUGCCGUCACCUCCGAAGUCGUCUCUGAUCUGCUUCGCGGUCUUCGCCAGCACAGCGGCAAGCUCAUCAAGCAGCUCCAACCCGGCGAUAUCGACCGCUCCAUUCUUGGUCUUGGACACGCCUACUCUCGCGGCAAGGUUAAGUUCAGCGUCCAGAAGCAGGACAACCACAUCAUCCAGGCCAUCGCGACGCUCGAUCAGAUCGACAAGGACCUGAACACCUUUUGCAUGAGGCUUCGCGAGAACUAUGGCUGGCACUUUCCCGAGCUCGCCAAAAUCGUCAACAGCAAUGAACAAUACGCCAAGGUGGUCUUGCAGAUUGGUGACAAGUCGCGUCUGAGCGACGAGGAUCUUCACGAGCUCGCUGCUGUCGUUGAUGACGACGAGAGCAUUGCGCAAGCAAUCAUCAACGCUGCGAGGACCUCUAUGGGUCGUGAUCUUUCUGCAGCAGACAUGGAGAUUGUCAUGGCUUUCGCAAAGAGGACCGCUUCCCUGGCUGCGUACCGCAAGCAGCUCAGCAACUACCUCGGAAGCCGCAUGAACCAAGUCGCUCCUAACCUGGCUGCUUUGAUCGGUGACACCGUUGGUGCGCGCCUUAUCUCUAAGGCUGGUUCUUUGACCAACCUUUCCAAAUACCCUGCCAGUACCGUCCAGAUUCUCGGUGCCGAGAAGGCGCUCUUCCGAGCCCUCAAGACCAAGGGAAACACUCCCAAGUAUGGUCUUAUCUACCACAGUUCAUUCAUCGGCCGCACUGGCCAGAAGUCAAAGGGAAGAAUCUCGCGUUUCCUUGCCAACAAGUGCUCCAUUGCCUCCAGGAUUGACAACUUCUCCGACACACCAACAUCGAAGUUCGGUGAGGCCCUCAAGCGUCAGGUCGACGAGCGCAUUGAGUUCUACGCAUCUGGUGCUCCUCCUGCGAAGAACGCGGCGGUCAUGCAGGCUGCCAUGAACUCGGUCCUGACUGACAUUGGUGUCGAGGACCCCACUGCGACCGCCACUGAGGAUGUUGAGAUGGCCGAUGGCGUCACUGCCGCUGCUACUGAGCAGGCUGUACGCAAGGAGAAGAAGGACAAGAAGAAGUCCAAGAAGUCAGGCGAUGACGAGGUUUCUGACAAGAAGUCCAAGAAGGAGAAGAAGCGAAAGGCCGGUGACGAGGAGGAUGGUGAGAAGAAGAAGAAGAAGAAGAGCAAGGCGUGA